AUGGCUGCCCUUGUCAGCAAAUUCAAUCUGGCUCGACUGAGAAGUUUCUGUUGUUUAUAUCCAAUGUUUAAUUUGAAAAGCCCACGUGAAUUAAUAUGUCUGGUCGUAACUAUUUUGGCUCUGAUGAGCCAGUCGUUGGCAGACGACCAGGAAUUCAUUGAGGACUUUUUGAAGCGGGAAUAUUCUCUAGCAAAGCCAUACCGCGGUUUGGGCUUUUCGAGUUCCUCGCAGUGGGAUCUGAUGGGAACUGCCAUGGUAACACCUGAUCAUGUGAGGUUGACCCCAGAUCUGCAGAGCAGACAAGGAGCCGUUUGGAGUCGAAUUCCCUUCUUUUUGCGGGAUUGGGAGCUCAAGAUACACUUUAAAAUCCACGGUGUGGGAAAAAAGAACCUAAACGGGGAUGGACUUGCCUUUUGGUUGACCAAAGAGCGCAUGCAAAAUGGUCCUGUUUUUGGCAACAUGAACCAGUUUACUGGACUUGGAAUAUUUGUGGACACUUAUCCUAAUGCAGACAAAACUCAUGAUAGGACGUUCCCGUACGUGUCCAUGAUGCUGGGGAACGGGACGCUGGCGUACGACCACGACCGGGACGGGCGGCCCAAUGAGCUGGGCGGCUGCUCGGCGAUGGCGCGCAAUUCUAUCCACGACACGUUUCUCCUGGUCAGAUACUCCAGAAACAGACUGACGCUCAUGGUGGACGUAGACGGCAAGCAGGAAUGGAAAGACUGCGCCGACGUCACGGGAGUCCGGAUUCCCCUGGGAUACUUCUUUGGGGCCUCCUCCGCUACCGGAGACUUGUCGGAUAACCACGACCUCAUCUCGAUGAAGCUGUACCAGCUCACGGUAGAGCGGACUCCAGAGGAGGAGGAGGAAGAGGAGGAGGUCACCAUCCCCAGAGUGGACGACAUGGACCAGUUCCAAGUGGAGGUGGAGGAGGAGGGGAUGAGCGGAGUGCACUUCUUCUUCACCCUCCUCUUCUCGGUGAUGGGCCUGGGGGUGCUGGCGGUGGUGGGGCUGGUGGUCUACAACCGCUGGAAGGAAAACCGGCGCAAACGUUUCUACUGA